CGCCGGGGUUGAUUGCAGGGUCCGGGGGUCGGCGCCUCCGCGGGAGGGGGUCCGGGGGUGAAAUCCCGGCCCUGGCUUUGCCCGCGGGGGUCCCCGGGUGACAACCCUGGUCUGCCACCCGCACACUCCAGCUCAUGGGCGCCACACCCGAGACGUGGGUGGGUCACCUCUCCACGCGCCUGCGUGGCAGUCCUUUCGAGGCUUGGGAGGAUUUCUAUGCCUACUCCCUUCGUGAGGGUCAGACUCCGACCUUCGUGGAUUUCCAGGCGUUCCUCGAGGAUCGCUUCGGAGCCCGAUACGACGUGACUGACGCCUUUGAGCAUGUCGUCACUACACGCUGGUCCGGCUCUGGUGGCGCUGCCGGCCUGGAUUGCCACAUCCAGGUCUUUCAGGACGCCCGCCUCGUUUGCGACGUGGCGUUCCUCCCCGAGGCUGCCCUUAUCGAUCGUUUCUUGGCAAGCCUUCCGCUCGAGUACCGCUCCGAGCUAUGGCGGUACGAAUUCACAUUGGCCCCACAGGCUUACGAGGCCGCCAGGGACCACCAGCGGAUGCGAACCCGUCUUCACCCCGCCUCCUCCUCCCAGCCCCAGCGCACGGGCUACGCCUCCUCCUCCUCUCACGGCUCUUCCCAGCGCCGUUCCCCUUUCCGCGGUCGCCCCCGCCGUUCCACACAGCAAGGCCGCCACUUCUCGCGCCGCUUCAGCGCGCUGGAGUAUGCGCUGUGGGAUUCCGGUUCUCAGGACGACUUCAUUCACCCACGCGUGGUGAAGGAAGCCUGCUUACCCACGACAGGGUCUCCGACUCCCAUCUCCGUUACCCUAGGGGAUGACAAGACCCAGCGCUUCUUCGAUCAGACGGUCACCGACCUCCCCUUCUUCCUCACUCUCGAGCCGACUGAGCAUUCCCCGGCGUCUCGUCGCCACCGCUCCUCUGCACAUUUCGAUGUGAUGGAGACGGGGUACGACUUCAUUCUCGGCACUCCGUGGUCUCGUCGGUUCCGUAACACCGAGGCCGAUUGGGCGACCAACACUCUCGUUCUCAAAACGAAGUGUGGACAGACGUAUCGCGUACCUUUCAUAGGUACCACGGCGACACCACGCCCCGAUCCUCCUCCCCCGGAGCCUUCAGURCCCACACCAUCUCCCUCUAUCACUGUCACCUCGCCUCGGCAGUUCGCUCACUUCAUUCGACAGAAUGACGUCACCUUCUUUAUGGUGGACGUGAUGGAUCUCUUACACUAUGAUCCACCCUGUCCCGACGCCGAGCUCAUCCCUCUGGAGCCUGAUCCUCCCUCUGUCUCCAUAGCUCCCAUCUCUACUUCCGUCCCUCCACCGUCUGUCGAGUCCACCCUGCCGUCGCGCGCUGACACUGACGCUGAGGAAGUCGCACGAUAUACGGCUGACUUGGAGCCCGCAGUUCGUGACCUCAUCCGAGAGUACCACGACGUUUUCCCAUCAUCGUUCUCGUACGCCGGCAUCCCACCGAUGUGUGACGUCGAGUACUCCAUUCAGCUCGUGCCUGACUAUCGUGUUCACCACAAGGCACCCUACAGACUCUCGAUCCCCGAGGCCACCGAACUCAAGCGUCAGCUUGAGGAGCUCCUGAGACUGGGUUUCAUUAAACCCAGCAACUCCCUGUGGGGUGCACCCGUCCUCUUUGCUCGCAAAGCGGAUGGAACUCUUCGUCUCUGCAUCGACUACCGCGGUCUCAACCGCUACACGGUUAAGAACAGCUACCCCAUGCCUCGUUCCGACGAGCUGUUCGACCGCCUAGCAGGCAACCGCUUCUUUACGAAGAUUGAUCUUUGUAGCGGUUACCAUCAGAUUCGUGUCGCUGCAGCCGAUCAGCCGAAGACCGUGUUCCGAUCGCGAUUCGGCCACUACGAGUUCACGGUGAUGCCAUUCGGCCUCACCAACGCACCCGCUACCUUCCAGAGGGCGAUGAACGACAUCUUCAAGGGUACGCCAAUUAUGCUCCGGGCUCCCUCCUCGAUCACCACCUCAAAUAAUCAAUAGUCUGAAUGCACAUCUGAAGUUCUAUUAAAAUGUGCCACGUGGCACGUCAAUAAGUCCUCAUCAGUGCACUGCAGCAAUGUCAACCUCAAGAUGAGUGUCCACGAUUACCCCACAGUCACAGUCAUAAUCUCCUCUUGAGUGACGAUGAAUCAGAAUAGCAGUGCUAGUCACGUUGCCCAGCCACGUCAUCAUGGUACACGAUGUCAGGCGGCCACAAGCAGUGCGCCGCCUGAAAUCUGCGGUUUUGGGACUUAGGCCCAGGGACAAGUCCGUGUUUUGACGGUACUCUGGUAUGACCAGACAACAAAAAUUAGGGGAACUC